CGCUGGUUUUGAGGAGAUUCUUUCUUCCCCAAGGGCAGAACCAGCCAUCGUCGCUAUUUUCUCGCCAGAUGGCUCCCCGCAAGAGAAAGACACCACCCAGGCGACCAAGUGGAUCCAGAGCACCCACAAGAUACUUGGUCUGCAGAAAUGGAUGAGCACCACACCAAGUCCCAAGAUCACCGGGUUGGCUUCCUUCCUGCAAUACAUUCGCCAUGUGUUCACUGGAGACAUGCUGGAGAAACAGCUGUACUUCAGCCUGACCCGGCGACGGCGAUUCAAGCGACUCGAUCUCUACGGCAAGCGACAGCGCACCGUCCACGAGAUGUGCAAGCAAGUCAUCGACCAGGCACCAAGGGAGACCGAAGUGGUGAUUGCCUUUGGGAAUGCAUCCUGGAAACAAGGGAAGGGAUACGCAUCCAGUCCCAGGAGACUCAGGUUUGCCAAGUAUUUCGAGCAGUUCCACCACCACCAGAGAGGCCCACCAGACCGAUCCGUCUCCAAGAUCCAUGUGUGCUCACAUUGUCGGGAAGCCAAGCGACUCGAGAAGGUUGAGCAUCUUGUUAUCGAGAAACCACACUUUGUCCGGAGCUGUGCAAGCUGCCAUACGCUGUGGGAUCGAGACAUCAAUGCAGCCAGGAAUAUGAUCUCGACAGGAGUGCAAUGCCAUGGCCUGCCCGCUGGGCCUACAAGUCAGUCAGCGGGGUUCAGACAUCUGAAGCCUAGAAGGGAAAGUGUCCCGUUUCUUUCUGGAUAGACUGUAGUGUCCUAUCCUAUCUCGUGAGCGGGCGCGCAUAUCGAUUGGCUAUCGGCGCCAUGAAGGGGUCACGCGGCCGA